AUGCAUAGAUCUCCUCUUUUCUUUUGCCAAGAUUAUGAAGCUACUCGAUUACUGCUUGAAAAUGGAGCUGAUCCGAACAUACCAGAUGAUGAAGGUAUUGUUCCGCUUGCAGAAGCUGCAAAAAUUGGCGAAUAUUACAUCUGCCGAGAAUUAAUCUAUGGCGGAGCCAAUGUAAAUACUUUAGAUGAUGAGAGGAGAUCACCACUACACUAUGCAUGUAUGUCUGGUGAUCCAUUAACCACUGAAUUAUUAAUAGAUUCGGGUGCCAACGUAAUUGCAAGCGAUUCAGAUCAUAAUACGCCAGAAAUGGUUGCAAAGAAGAAUGGCAACCUACAUUUGAUAAGCAUUUUUACAAACUAUAAGGAAAAGCAUCAGAAUAAUUAUUAA